AUGAAUCUCAACACCACAAUCAGCGGCGCUAUCCCUGCUUACAGGGACAACCAGACCGUGAUGAAUUGUAAAAGAAUACCGACCACCAGCUUUGCGGUCGCUCUCAUCGAGGAGGAGCAGCGCUCGAGGCGCCCCAGAGUAGCGGCAUUCCUGUCUACCAAUCGCCGUGGGACGAGCGAGGUCAGAGACCUUUUGAAGAAAGAAAGUGGUGAGAACGACAGCUCCGCGUGGAUCUAA